AGAAAGAAAAAAAAGUUUGGAUAGAAAAUAAACGGGCAAGACCAAGUGGAUAUGGAGUUAUCGUGUCAUAUUCUCAUUCGAAGUUUCGAAGCUUCCUUCGGAUAUGGCAAAAGCGCGAAUGUCUCUUCCUCAACUUCCACAGUGAUGAUGAGGAUUGCAUUGGAUAAUAUCACCCAGUUGAUGGAAUGAGAUAGAAGAACAAAGCAUCUAUUUUCUAAAUUUUUUUGGGGCCGCCGACGCCAUAAUCUUUUCACUUUUAAGCAGAAUCUAUAUAUAGAGAGAUUGUGCUAUUUUUUGGAGGGUCGUUGAAUGUUGUCAUGCAAAAGCAGAAUAUUCUACAUUCCAAUGCCUCUUUCGGUUUUGGAAAGAGCCCCGAAGAACAACUUGGGUCAAGAAUUCCUCACGUAAUUCCAAGGAUGUGUCUUUAUAGAUAUGCCAAAUCGUGUCUUAUACGGGCCAAAGCUGUACCUAUCACUAAAACUAUAAGCUUGGACUUUCUGAAAAACAGUGAUGCUUUCUUGUUGCAACCUGCAAGAAUCAAAUUAGGUGUGACUGAUGGAAAUCUUGGUGAGCUAUCUGAUGAAGAUGACGAGGACCUUUGCCCUGUAGAUUGCGUUAAAGAAUUUAAAACUGAUGAGGAAUUCUUCAAAAUUCUUGAAAAAGCCAAAGAGACCGAUUCUUUAGUGGUGGUAGAUUUUUAUCGCCCUUCUUGUGGAAGCUGCAAGUAUAUUGAGCAGGGUUUUGCAAAAUUAUGCAGGGGUGCCGGUGAUAAUGAGGCUUCGGUGAUUUUCUUAAAGCAUAAUGUAAUUGAUGAGUAUGAUGAGCAAUCUGAGGUUGCAGAACGGCUUAGAAUCAAGACAGUGCCCCUGUUCCACUUCUAUAAAGGUGGAGUCCUGUUGGAAGCAUUCCCUACUAGAGACAAAGAGAGGAUAACUGCCUCAAUUCUCAAAUAUUCGUCUCCUGCAUCUCAAGCCACAUGAACUAUAUUCUGGUUAUCUUUUUAGACUUUAUUCCUAUAUAACAAAUUAUGUAACACUUGGACUUGAGGUAAAUUUGAUCAAGUCAUAUAGAAUAUUUAUAUGUAAUAAUACCAGGGUGCACCAAAAAUAUAUUGUUUUUCAUGAGAAGUAAAAGCUUCUAUAUAUCUGUUUAAUUUA